CUCGGUUCGAACUUUGACCCCGAGCGCCAGGAGCUGGAUCUGUGCGUCCAGGUGUAUGCGACAAUGGCGAUGGAGGGCGAGCCGGGUUUUGUGGUGAAAUUCCUGUACCUCCUGACCCUCUCCACUGCGUGGGGCAUGGGGAUCUGGGUGACAUUCAUUUCAGGUCUCAUCAUGCGUCAGCACCUGCCGCGCAAGUGGCUGCGCAGCGUACAGGGCCUCCUCUUCCCCAUCUACUUCAUGCUCGGCUCGUGCUGCUCCAUCCUCAACCUCGCGCUCUUCGCCCUCUACCACCCGCGCGAGGCGCUCGAUACGCAGGAGGUGGUGCAGAUGUGGCUGUGGCUCGUGUCCGUGGUGAGCUGGGCUCUCAACGCGCGCUGGUUCAGCGACACAACCAUCACGAGCCUUGAGAAGAUGACCGCCAUAGAAGUAGAACACGGCAUUCUGGGACAAGAGCCCGCCCAACCGAUCAAUAAGGAAGGGCCGGCUUCCGGCCAAUCACAGAACGCGCAGGACAUGAAGGAGAAGUGUGCCCAGCUGGAGGAGCGCGACCAGAAGUACAGUCGCGCUGUCGGGCGAUUCCGUCGAUACCACAAGGCCUCCCUCUUCGCAAACUUCGUCAGUCUGGGCUGCACGGGGAUCAGCCUGGCACUCGUGGCACAGCACCUCGGAGCUCUCUGAAGAGGGGCCCGAGUUGGCGAGUGGCCAGGAGAGUGGCUGGAUAGGUAUAAGGGUGGAGCCAUGAGUAGAAGGGUGGGCUGGUGAGUGGGUAGGCAGGUGAUUGGGUGGGUAAGUGGGUGAGCAGGUGGGUGAGUGAACUGUUUUUAAGUGUUUAGUUUGUUGCUCUGACCCGCACCUCUGAUUAGCGCGGUUGGCAAUGUACGGUGCGAACGAAGUUCAACUAACAUACAUUUGGUGAAGGUGUUUGUAAAUGGGUGAGUGGGUCGGGAGAUGGGUAACAUUAGUGAGCACUGAAUGAGCAGUGAGUAGGUGGAUGAAAGCGCUGGGUCUUGUAGUUGUUUUUGAAGCACGUCUUGAUGCAUAUCUUUCUGUAACAUUCCGUUCAAUUUUUUACGUCCAAUUGAGGUCACUUUAACACUACUCCUAAUCGCACCCUCCCCAAAUCCCCAAUUGUGAAAAUUAAAACACUGAAUCAGA